UCUCUCUCUCCUCCCAACAAUCACUCUCCGUCAUCUCCUUUUCCUUUUCCCUCUUCAAGAUUUCCAAAAACAAAAGCUUUUCUCUUCCAAUCACCAACUCACUUUCCAUUUUUUGACAGUUUUCCCACUUUCUAAUGUUCCUUCUUCAUCCUCUUUAGGACUUCUCAAAUUCCACGAAUCUUUGAUUCUUUCGCUUUUCUUUUGCCUUUGCUAAAUUCAAGGCUAGCUAUACACAAAACCAUGUUCAUCAUCAUCACCAUUUGUACUUCCAUCAACUUUUCUCAACUCCUUCUCUCUCUCCUCCUCCCAAACCUUUCAAAUCUUUGAGAUCUCCUAGUCCUGUUCAGAAUUCAAGAUUGAAGAUUUCAUUUUUGGUUUCUGGGUACUUCUUCCUUUUUUUUUUUUUUUUUUUUUUUAAUACCAAAACAAUGUCCGGGCUAAACCACCACUACCACCACCACAAUUUGGAGAGAAAAUGCAAGAUCAGGAAACGGGGUUGCUCUUCUUCUUCAUCAUCUUCCUUGGUCCGUAAAUACAGAUUCAAACGGGCAAUUCUGGUGGGGAAGAGAGGAGGGUCGAGCACUCCAGUGCCCAGUUGGGAGACAACCGCUAGAUCGCUUUCUGGGACAAUGCAGAGCACUGAGUUGAAGCAGAAUUCCACUUCCAUGGUGGAUAAUAGUAAAGGGAAGGAAGUUUCAGUUUCGGCAAGGAAGCUUGGAGCUACUCUAUGGGGGAUCAAUCAGGUUCCUUCGAAGAAGAAAGAUAUGGAGCCAAAACAAGUGAGAAGGGGUGGUGAAAGGUCUGCCAAAGUGCCUUCCCGAUCGGCUUCUUUGCCUCAUCAUUUGUCAGAUCCAUCCUAUACUCCUUUUUCUGAGAGGUUGCAGAGGAAAGAGAGAUUUGGUGGUGGUAGCCACCAUAGAAAAAUGUCGACCACAUCUAAUAAGCUUCAGCUGACUGAUUGUUUUGUGGGAGGCUUGGAUUCUCUUAGCACAGCCAGUUUUAUGGAGUUGGAAGAAAAUUCACGAGGCAAAAAAUGCAUACUUGGAGUAACGUCUCGUUUGAAGGAGGUUAAUAAUGGCCUUACUACAUCAAAGGAGCUUCUUAAAAUAUUGAAUCAUGUGUUUUGUCUUGAGGAGCAGCGUUCCUUAAGCAUAUCCUUAGUCUCUGCCCUGCGAGUUGAGCUUGAUCGUGCUUGCAUCCAGAUUGGUAAUUUGAUUCGAGAGCAGCAGUCUAAUCGCAAUGACAUUGAGCACCUUUUGAAGCAUUUUGCAGAAGAAAAGGCAGCUUGGAAAAGAAAGGAGCGAGAGAGGAUUCUUGAUGCUAUAUCGUGCAUAGCAGAAGAACUCGGAGUGGAGAAGAAGCUAAGAAGACAAACUGAGAGAUUGAACAAGAAGCUUGGGAAAGAAUUGGCAGAUACAAAGGCAGUCCUCUCAAAGAAAACAAAAGAGGUCGAGAGGGAGAAAAGGGCAAAGGAGAUAUUGGAGCAGAUUUGCGAAGAAUUAGCCAGAAGUAUUGGGGAAGACAGAGCCCAAGUGGAAGAGCUGAAGAGAGAAUCAGCAAAAGUUCGUGUAGAGGUCGAAAAGGAGAGGGAAAUGCUUCAGCUAGCUGAUGUGUUGCGGGAGGAGAGAGUCCAUAUGAAGCUCUCUGAAGCAAAAUAUCAUUUUGAGGAGAAAAAUGCAGCUGUCGAACAGAUGAGAAAUGAGUUGGAGGCCUAUUUAAGGUCCAAAAUAGGAGAAGAUUGUGAUGGCUCUCCUAAGUUUGAAAAAAUCAAGGAACUUGAGGCUUACUUGAAGAAAAUCAAUUUUGGGUCAUCUCAAAGGCCAGAGAGAAGAGAUGUAGUUGAGCUUGCACAUAGAGAGGAGCACGAGGGAGACGAUUCAGGUGAAAGUGAUCUUCAUUCCAUUGAAUUAAACAUGGACAACAACGAUAUGAGCUACAAGUGGAGUUAUGCCUGUGGAAAUGAUGAAGAUGAUUCAAAAAGGAUUUCAGUUGAUAAAGAAUUUGCAGGGAGGAAGUCUCUUUCUGAGAAAAUCCAAUGGGGAAGCAUUUGCUUAAACAAAAGUUCCAAUAACAUUGAUUUGGACUUCGAUGCUGAAACAUCUGAUCUGGUUUCACAAGCUCAAGCACAAGGGCAUGAAGAUGAAGAAGUGAAGAGAUAUAGAUCUGCGAAGGAUCUAGCAGAACAAAUAUUAUCUGGAACAGAGAUAGUAUCACUCCCUAGCUUUACGAGUCCAACCCAGCAAUGGAGUUUUGCACUGCCUUUGAAGGACCAUGACUAAAAUGCAAACAAAAUUUUAGAUUCAGGGGAAUUACUUGAAGAUCAAGCUAGUAGAAAGGAGAGAAUGCAGGGUUGGAGUGGUUGUUUGCAUGUUUUUGAAAAAUGUCAGAAUUUUGCUACUUGCUUGUUUGCUGCAUCAUAAUUCAAGUGUAAAUAUAAUCUUGUAAAAGUAUAAGUAUUGGUCGAGUAUAAUUAUGUAUGGAAAGCCUGCUAGCUCUCAUUAGGCAUCCAGCAGGCAUACAUGUUCUUUCUGUGAUGUUUUUACCAGUAUCCAUUUACAAAAAUGAAUGCAGACAUAAAGCAUGAAAAAAUAUAUAUAUAUAUAUA